UAGAGUUUCAAAAUGGAGGUCAAGGGAAAGGAUCUUCCAAAUCUGAAGAUUUGUAUCGAUAAUACCGACGACUUGAGUGAUCUAGACGCAGAUAUAGAGCUUGCAGAAGAAACUAACGAUAAUGAACUUGAAGAAGGGGAAAUUGAAGAUGACGAUGAUGACGUAGAGGUCAGCGUGAGCAUCCCGGAAUUAGGGCCAACAAAAGACCGGAUUCAGCAGGAGAGACACAAGUAUGCAAACAGGGAUGGGGCAUUUGUUACUGGAAUUGAUGUCAACUCUAAGGACUAUCUUGAGAAGAAAGCAGCAAGAGCCAAGAGAUUUGGUAUCAAAUAUAGUGAAAAAACAUCUGAAAAUAUCACUAAUAUACACCAAAGUCUCGGAGUGAGCGAGCGAGAGCUUGGUGGAGGAGAGCGUGGGAUCAGACAGGAAGCCAUUCACUUAAGAGGAUUGGAGGACAUGUCUACUAAGGAUGUUUUCAAUUUCUUCAAGGAGUUUUCACCUGGGGAGAUUGAAUGGAUCGAUGAUGGAUCAUGUAAUGUUUUAUGGACUGAUUCUGUGACACCAGCUAGAGCUCUUGCAGCCCUUAGUAGAGACCCUGAUGACUUUAAAAAGAAAAGACAAAAGAAACUUGGAAAGAAAAAUAAAGAAAAAGUUGAUGAGUCCCAAAAAGAGGCUGAUGGAAGUGAAAAAGAGGCUGUAAAGCAGGCAGAUACAGAUGAUGUUGAAAUGGAUUCAGAUGUUGAUCUUAACUUGGACAGCGACACAGAAGAUGAUGCUACUGAAAAGGGAAAGGAUAAGCAGGUUUUAAAGCCUGCAAAGAAAGACCCUGCAGAAACUGAUGACAAAUCUGACAAUGUCGCAGCUGAAGACUCGAACAAACAAUCAUCAGACUCUGAAGAAGAUACACAGUUCAAGUGGCCGAAAAACUUUGAACGCUUAAUUUUGCCUCCUGGCAAGUGGCGGAUUGGUUGCGAGUGUCCAAAGACAAGGUGUCUUUAUCUACGCUUGGCUACUAAAGCGGACAGAAAGCAGCCAGGUGCGGAGAAGAGAAGUCAGUAUUAUCAGAAAUAUGGAAAUCCCAAUUAUGGCGGAAUUACAGGGUUAAUCAGUGGAUCAAGAAAACGAAGGUUACGUGCUACUCAAAAUCGGCAGCAAGAUGAAGAAGUUUUACGUAAAUUGCGUGAAGCAAUGCAACAAGAGGCGGAGCUAAAAUCAAAGCGAGAAAUGGUGACCUAUGAUGACCUUGACCCCUUCUCUGAUGCACCACCUAUUGAGGAAACUAUAGAUACAAUGGACCCACCAAAAUUGAAACGCCCAAAGAAACAAAAAUCGCCUUCUCCCCCACCAGAGAGAAAGGAACGAAAAAGGACCAAGGACUACAACAGUGACGACAGUGUCGAAUACUUUGAUGAAUCUGAACUUUAUCUCGAUGACCCAACAGCUGAAGAAGGGUCUGAGAAAGAAGCUGAAGUAGAAGAUGAUGACUUCCUGUAUACGCCAGCAGAAGUUGCACGAUUAAUUGCUCCGGAGCCAGAAAUGAGAUCUCGAAGGAUGCACGCUGAUGAUGAAGAGGAAAAAAUUAUUACAAAAAGGAAGGCCCAUGCAAAGGAAAUGGCCGAGAGACAACUUCUUAAUGAUGCCAGGCAUCGUAUCAGGACUAGAGAACAAAAACAAGCCACAUUCCUCCAUGACAUCCCAGGCAGUGAUGUCACCAGUGAAAGUGACGAAGAUGUCAAUGAGGAAGAGUAUAUCCCAGUGACAUCAUCCCGAUCUAGAGACCUUAGAGCUAGACUAGGAAAUCAGUCAAAUAGGACUACCACAUCAGUGUUUACUAAGAAGAAAAAUUUCCUAGAGGACUUACCGUCAUUGACUAUAGAAGUGAACCAGGAUGAUGAUUAUUUUUAAUACAGUUAAACAUGUAAAUGGAACACGUCUAAGGCCUGUAGCCAGGGAGAGCGAGAAAAUCCCCCAAAUUUUCCAUGCAGAAUAUACUCCUCAUAUUAGCCAUACUUGUUACAUAAAUGUUGAAUGGUGAACAACUAUUUUUAUUUGACAUAAAUUGACUUUCCAUGCUCAGUUUUGGUUAAAGGCAAGCAUUUAAGAUUUAAUAGUCCAAAUGUCAAUUAUGCAAAUAUUGGGUGAGCUAUUGUAACCUCCCAUUUUUUUAUGAUGUUUGUUUGUGAUACAGUAGAUACCAGCAGAUACUUUUUUUAUUUUUUUAUUCCAAUUUAUUUCACACAACAUACAUAAUAUUUCAACAUACAUUUCUCAUACCAUUGACAUUUCGUAUUCUCACGAAUGAAAGAGUUCAUUUUAGAUGUGCGAAAUCAAUCUGUUAUUGUCGUCUUAAAGACAGAAUCAAAUCUAUGGGGGGUGACAAAAUUGCAAGCAACA